AUGGUAGACUCUAGAGAUGGUUUUACCUGGACGCCCAGCCGGGGCUUGCGCCGCGGCUUGCCCACCAUUGGAGUUGUUGAGCCGCCUGUGUAUACUUCGCCCUUGUCCGAUGACGAUCUCGCGUACGACGUCAUUGUAAUUGGUGCUGGUUAUGCAGGCUUGGUGGCAGCUCGAGACUUGGCUACGCAAGAAGCCCGCGACCGACUUGGUGGACGCACAUGGCACGCAACCAUUGACGGCUUCAAUUACGAGAUGGGUGGCACGUGGAUACAUUGGCACAUGCCCCAUAUCUAUCGCGAAGUCUCUCUAUAUGGGCUCCAGGACGAUUGGCUUGUUACACAGCAGUCCGGCAGCAAAGAGGACUACUUCACCCUAACCACCCCCAAUGCCCAACGUAACAUGACCCAUGACGAAGAGGCUAAUGGCAACGACCUUCGACAACACUGGAAGUUCCCAUUUGGAACAAAACAGUCGCCCGAGCUGUCGGAAGAGUGGGACAAAAUGUCCUGCCAGGACCGGCUCAAUCAAAUACAAGAUCGACUCAGCCUGGAAGAGAGAUCGAUGCUCGAGGCACUACUGAAGCAGAUGGGUGGGACCUCCCUCGACAAGAUGGGUCUUCUCAACGCCCUUCGAUGGUGGGUAUUGGGCUCCCACAAUCCGACUGGCCUGAACGACAUUGCUCUGCAUACUAGACUGCGCAGCGGUAAUGGCACUUUACACAGACACAUUUUUGAGCAUGCGGUCUCGUCUGGAAAUCUAUCCUACAGUUUCAACUCAGCUGUCAGUAAGGUAGUCGACGCGGGAGAAUAUGUCACAGUGUUUUCCAAGAACGGCCAAUCGUGGAAAACCAAGUCAGUUAUUGCAACUGUUCCGCUGAAUGUGCUGGCCGAUAUCGAGUUCUCGCCAGCGCUUCCAACUGCGAAAGUUGAAGCCAGCCGUCAAGGUCAAGUCAACUUGUGUAACAAGCUGCACUUGGACCUUGAUGGUCCCGACUACAAAUCGUGGACAUCCUUCGCCUCUCCUGGAAGAGGUUUUGUAUGCGCUCUGGGAGAUCAUCUAACACCGGCCAAUAAUUCUCAUCUGGUUGCCUUUGGUCCCGACCCAUCCUCGCCUGGUGGCAUCCCCCUCUCGGAUAUAGACCAGGUGAAAAAGGCAAUUCUGCACCUGCUGCCUGAAGAAAAGAGAGCCGAAGUCGGUUUUCAUCGCAUAGUUGCCCAUGACUGGGUCAAUGACGAGUUUGCCAAGGGUACUUGGUGCUAUAUGGCACCAGAGUUUACGCAGAGAUAUGUAGCUGCUCUGCAGAAGCCGCAUGGAAAUGUCUUGUUCGCUAGCGGGGAUUAUUCCGAAGGCUGGCGGGGUUGGAUCGAUGGUGCUGUGCAAGCAGGUAUGGAAGCGGCCCACACGGUUAUUCAGCUUCAGCGCAAAAGUCUGAAGGAAAACAGCGAAAAGAACGUCAACGUCAUCAAUUCUACGAAGCUUUGA